CUCGGCCGCCUCUGGCGGGAGAGGAAGUGCAAGGCGUCCCGUCUGGCCGCGUGGAAAAGGAGGCGAGAGAGAAGUUCUCCAAAAUAUGAAGAAUUCUGAGCAAACAGCAAGGAAAAGGAACAAAUCUAAAGAUCCUAAUUGUGGCCAGGUUGUUCUAAAAAGCCCCAAAAGACACUGUUCUGAUUUAGGCAAAAAAGUCAGGCCCAAAAAAUUAAAAUGCUUGGCAAAAGGAAUAAGUUCAGACCUGCCAGAUCCAAAGAAGAAACAGAGUGAAUCGAAGAAGGAAGCACGGGCAAGCUCUCCCGUGGUUAUAGACAGCAGCUCAGAUUUAGAAUUGUUAAGAGACACCAAGAAAAGAAAUAAGGUGUUCAAAAAAAAGAAAAACCGAAAGCUUUUUUGCAUACAGGUUCAAAACUCCAACAGUCUGGACGAAGGACAGCCUGGUAUUACUGAUCUUCAUGCGAGUAAGAAAUGCAACAAGACUCUUCUUGAAGUUGCCAGGCAAGAUAAAGGAUCGGCGAUGAAAAGGAAAAAGAAAAAAAAGGAAAAACGAAGAGACAAAUCUGCUUGCCUUGAGCUUUUACACCUUGGUGAUCGCGAAGGGCCCGUCAAGCAGAUCUCUGGAGAACUGAAACCCAGUUGUCAAGAAAUGUCCUCCGGUCAGAAAAAGAAUAGGACCGUUGAGCAGAAAGUUGUGAGUGAAGGACUCGAGAAGAAACACUUCGACUACUACGAGGGCGACCCAGAGAACAUUUCAAAAAAAGACACUGCCAGCUGCAAGUGCAAAGAUGCCCAAAGUAAGGAUGGACCUACUCAACGACAGAACAAUUUGGACUGUAAAUCAGAAAAAGACAGUGAAGCCAUCAAGAAGAAGAAGAAGAAGAAGAAGAAAAAGAAGCUGAAUAAAAUAAGUCCUGCUUCUCUUACCUGCUUAGCCAAGAUCCAGGAAAACCACUGCGAUACGAUGAGUGAAUGUAGCCUAAAGUGCGGGUCUGAGAAAAAGGCGAGGGUCGGCAAGACCCCUAAGGAAGUUAAUAAAGCAGCAAAGAAGGAAGCGAAAAGAAAAACUGGAAACGUAAACCGUUGUUCAGAAGCUGGCCAAGACGUCGGAUCGAAGGUGGGAGCGCGAGGAGGGAAGGAAAAGAGAAAGAAAGCAAAGAAACACAAAAUGGAACGAGAUGACCGGGACGGAUUUGAGGGCAGCCAAGAACAGCAAGUCAAGAAAAAGAGGAGAAAAAAGGAAGUUGAAAACUCUCAAGAUGGUGGGAUGAAAAUAAAGAAGGAAAAGGAAACUAAGAAACAGAUCACAGCCGAUGAAAUAAAACUGGUGGCAUUCAAAAAAGGAAACUGCGAUGAAGUGAAGAUAGACAAGGUGAGACGGCAAGCGCUUCAAGAAGAGAUCGACCGGGAAUCUGGCAAAACCAAGAUUGCCAAGGAAGGUUUGGACAAUCCUUUGGGCCAGUGGAGCACAGCAGCAUUUGAAACUCCGGAGGAAAAAACCAAAUUUCACAGACUGAUGGGUGGAUUUAAAAAAGCCUUCGCCCCACUUCAGAGUUCUCCAGCAAAUGCUAACAAACCAAACAUGGCUCUGGACCGGCCCAGAGAACAAGAACUGCAACAUAACCUCGAAGCAGAAUUCAAGAAAGCCGUGGAGUUUAAACACCAUCGAGGAAUCGGCCUGGGGUUCCAGUCCAGUGCUCCGAGCGGGGUACACAUAGACAAAUACGCUUCGAAAUCUAUUAAAUUUGAAGCCUGACAUAGGAGGAAGGGAAAGAUACAAUUGCCCAAAUGAGCUGGGGGGGGUUUAAUUUUUUUUUUUUUUUAUCUACAACAAGAAAAUGACCCUGGAUUUUAACCUGGCUGCUGUUCUCAAACAGGAGAGGAAAAACAGCCUCUAUGAAUGCUUUUGGGAUGAUUGCUAGGGUGCGUAUAUGCAUAUAUAUAUAUAUUUGUAUUAAAUUGCUGCUUGGCAGGUUUAAAGGGCCACGAUUGACUGAUUUAGGAUGGGCAACUGAGCUACGGUCAUUUAACAGUAUAUACUGUAUUUUUCGCACUAUAAGAUGUACUCCCCCCCCCAAAAAAAAGGGGGGGAGGGGGUUGGUGUGGCGGUGGCAAACAUUGCCGCCUGUCACCGCUUUCGCCACCUCUGGGGAACACUGGAGCCUUCGCUGCCGAGCAGCUGAUUGGGGGUUGGAUCAGCCUCCCAGAAUACCACCAAUCAGCUGUUCUAGUGGUGGUGAUAAGCGAUUCCCACCCCCUAAAACAGCUGAUUGGCGGUAUUCCGGGAGGCCGAUCCAACCGCCAAUCGGCAGCGAAGGCUCCAGCGUUCCCCGACAGCAGCAGCAGCAGCUCAGCUGACUCAGCUUGUUUUCCUCCUCUAAACCUAAUGUGCGCCUUAUGUUCCGGUGCGUCUUACAGUGCGAAAAAUACGGUAACUAAGUGGCAGGUAAGAAUAGAACAUGUUUUACCUCAGAGGCAAGGGACCUGUACUUUGCCUCCAUUUUUGCUGCGAGUUUCCAUAUUGUGCCCUUGAAUCUUAGGGACAGAAUGUGAAGUCUGUCUGUUCAAUACCUGGGCAAGUGGCUAUAUCAAUUCACAGUCCCGGCCUCAGUGUUGUGCUCUUUUGUCAUACAGUGACACUCAUGUCCAGGGAAGAAAAGCCAUCUUGUUACUUUAAUCUUACAUCCAUUUUAUUAAACAUUUUUUUUUCUACAAUU